GUAGUGACGCAACGGCAACCCCGCCCACGUGUUCCCCAGCAUGGCUCCUUCCUGGAGCGGGAAGACAGCAAGCGAGAGCUCGGGGGGGAAGCGGUGCAUAGGAGAUUCUACGCAGUCUCCCAUCCGUCUCGCAAACAGGACCUCUGGGCUUCUUGUAGGGAUACCAUGGGCAUCCCGAGGCUGCUCUCAAACGCAAUGGCCAGGGUCAGCACAGUCCGCUAUUACCAGCUAGUGCUGGUUAUAGCAGCCGCACUGGCUGUUGUUGCUUUUUACAGUUUAGGAUCGGACCGGCAGAACUUUUCCAGCACUACCAAGCGUAUCAAAGAGACUCAUGCCAGCCACAACGCAAACAUGAACGACGGCGAUCUCUCCUCCGAUACCAACGCCGAGCAACGCGUUUCAAAAGGUGCGAGUGUGGGAGAAGCUGGCAGAACGAACACGGAUAGUAUUAACGCUGGGACUGCAGAGGAGCAGCGUCCUCGAUAUUUACACGCGCUGAUGAUGUUCACCAAAGUGGACACGAGCCAGGCGUUGCAGCAGAAGUUCCAGGUUGCCAUGAGAUCGAUGCUGAAGCACGCCAGGUUUGAGGACGGGGAAGUCUUGACCCUGCAUUUUGUGAGCGACGAACCUAGCAGAGAGAUCGGGGAAAAGAUUCUGGAAGACUUGCUGCAGGGCGCCACCUUCCGUUGUGAGGUGAGCUUCCACAAUGUCAAGGUGCUGACGGAGAAGCUGUUCCCCAUCGUGGAGGCCAUGCAGAAGCACUUCAGCGCCGGCUCAGGAACCUACUACAGCGACGCCAUCUUCUUCCUGUCUGUCGCCAUGCACCGCAUCAUGCCAGCAGAAAUCAAGCGGAUCGUGCAGUUAGACCUGGACCUGAAGUACAGGACCAACAUCAGGGAGCUCUUUGAGCAGUUUAACCAGUUCCCUGCCGGAGCCAUCAUCGGGAUUGCCAGGGAGAUGCAGCCGGUUUACAGACACACCUUCUGGGCGUACCGUAGGGAGAACCCCGAUUCCAAAGUGGGUGACCCUCCCCCGGGCGGCAGCCCCGGGUUCAACAGCGGGGUCAUGCUCCUCGACCUGGAGGCCAUGCGGCGCUCAGAGCCAUACAAUCAGCUGCUGGAGCCCCGGAGUGUGGGCCGGCUGGCGGACAAGUACCGCUUCCAAGGGCACCUCGGCGACCAGGACUUCUUCACCAUGAUUGGCAUGGAGCACCCCUCCCUUUUCCACGUGCUGGACUGCGCGUGGAACCGGCAGCUCUGCACCUGGUGGAAGGACCAUGGGUAUGGGGACGUCUUUCAGCUGUACUACCACUGCCAGGGUCCCGUCAAGAUCUACCACGGGAACUGCAACACACCCAUCCCCGACGACUGAGGGCUGGAGCACCACCGCCAAGGAGCGGUGAUCUGGGGCAGAACAGCGGGCUGCUACAAAACUCAGUGAGGGUUUAGCUGAAAAUAGGAUAGCAGUCGCUGUAACUGUGCGUGCUGUGCUUGCUACGCUUACUUCCAGGGUCUUCUUGAGGAACGACUCUGCAGUACCCCACCUCGGCCCCAGAAUCCCCCCCCCCCCCCCCCCCCCCCCCCAACACGUUGGAUAAAGGGUUUGACUGUCAGAUCAUCUAAAGCUGCACCAAAUAAGAAUUAGCAGUGAUUACUUCUUCGGUGUGUUGGCAGACUAUACACAUUGUUGAAGAGCAAGGACAGACAACAGAUUGAGUCUUCUAACCUCUUGUAAUUGUAUUUUUUUUGCCCAGUGUGCCCCACUAAUGUUCUGUUUUUUUAGGAUUUUUCUGUUUCAUAUUCUGCACGCUGCUAAUAUUAUAACCACUUAUAACUAAUGCAUUGCAUACAUACCAGUGCAUAUAAUCUGCACGGUGGAGUCCGUAGGCUUUAAUGGUUGAAGCCAUUUUAUUAAUGCUUGGUUCCGUUUUAUUGAUUCAGUUUGUUCAGAAUAAGUUUAAUCUUUUAUGAACAGUAUAUAUUUUAAGUAUAUUAUCUGUAACUAGUUAGACUGAUUUUAUUUAUUUUUUAUUUAGAAGAUCAGUAUAAUUGAUCAGUAUUAAAUGUACUUGAUUUUGAAGUGAUUUGUAGAUCACAUGAUCAAUAAAGGGUCAAGUCUAAAAAUCCUACAUUUUGUUUAUUUGAUACUAAUGCAUUCUGGUAAGUGUAGUCUUGCUGUGUAUAUAUAUAUAUAUAUAUAUAUUAAUGUAGAAACAUGUUUCCUCGUGCUGAGCUUCAGUGUGCCGUGGGUGUUUAGUCUGAAACGUGUACAAUAACUGGGGAGAAAAACGAAACAGAACCUGCAUUGUGUUUUACUUGAUCAAUAUUAAGGGCCAACUAAAAUGUUGUUUUUACUAUUAUAAUUUGUAUUAUUUAAAUAACGUGUACAUAAUAAAAAUAAUAGUAAUAUUAAUAAAAUGAUACCAUUCAAUCUGA